GAAGUGACGUACCACUUCCUUUUAGGCUCGGCGUCUGUAAGGUGGCUCCCACGCGGGGUCAACAUGAGGAUCGAGAAGUGUUAUUUCUGUUCGGGGCCGAUCUACCCUGGCCACGGCAUGAUGUUUGUCCGCAACGACUGCAAGGUGUUUCGAUUCUGCAAGUCCAAGUGUCAUAAGAACUUCAAGAAGAAGCGGAACCCACGCAAGGUCAGGUGGACUAAGGCCUUCCGGAAAGCAGCUGGCAAAGAGCUCACGGUGGACAACUCAUUUGAAUUUGAAAAACGUAGGAAUGAACCUGUGAAAUACCAGCGAGAGCUAUGGAACAAAACCAUUGAUGCAAUGAAGAGAGUUGAAGAGAUCAAACAGAAACGCCAGGCUAAAUUCAUAAUGAACAGGCUGAAGAAAAACAAAGAGCUGCAGAAGGUCCAAGACGUCAGAGAGGUCAAGCAGAACAUCCAUCUCAUCCGGGCUCCUCUUGCAGGCAAAGGAAAGCAGCUGGAGGAAAAAAUGGUGCAGCAGUUACAGGAGGAUGUGGACAUGGAGGAUGCUGCCUAACGGUGCUGCCUGCAACCAGCCCCGUGGACACUGGAAAUGAGUGGAGACUUUCGGUCCCUAAGUUAUUGAUUGGUUACAUAAGGUCCCUGAGACAGAGGCUGCUCACCUGCUUCCCUCCUGAGUUGCAGCGUGGAGGUGCAUCCCAUUGUGCAUGUUAGGUCUCAGCUGAGUUUCUGCUCACGCAAACACAAAAGUUCGUGUGUAGGUGAGGAUGU